UAUUUACGAUCGCUGACAUCCGUAUCGCAGGCCUCGAUACCCCGGAAGAAAAUAAUAUUUUUUUGGUAAAAAUAUAAAAUAAUUUCAUAAAGAAUAAGAAAAAAUAUAGAAAAUGGGUGAUUUUGUGAUUUGCGAUAUUGAUGAAGAUUUACUAAAAAAAAUUAAAAAAUUUAAAAUGAGGAAGGAAAAAAAUAUUGCUGCAAUUAUAAUGAAGAUCAAUGUGGAAAAGCAUCUUAUUGUUGUAGAUGAAGAAUUAGAGGAUACAAGUAUUGAAGAGUUUCAAGAAUCAUUACCAACUCAUCAACCAUCUUAUUCAUUAGUUUCCUAUGUCCACAAACAUGAUGAUGGAAGAGUCUCGUAUCCCUAUUUCUUCAUUUACGUUGCACCACGAGGUUGCAAACCUGAACUUCAAAUGAUGUAUGCAGGCUCCAAACUCAAUAUAAUCAAAAUGUCUGGGGCAACAAAGGACUUUGAGGUUCGUAGUGUUGAUGAAAUAGAUGAAGAUUGGCUUAAAGAGAAGCUUAGAUUUUUUCGCUGAGUCACCACAUAAUUUAAUGGUUUGUACUGAAUAAUUAACACACAAAUGACACUGUUCAAUAACUUUUAAUACAUGUUUUAAUGAUAUACAAUACUUUACUAAAUCACAAUACAUUUUUAUUGCAAAGAAUUCUUUCAGAAACAGGCAUUCUCAACGUUAAUACCUAACAUUGUGUUGUUUCGUUUUAUUCACAAAUUUGUCAUCUGAAUUACAAUUGUAACACAUAUUAGAUAUGGAUGUUAAUGUGUUAUAUAAAUAAUCAUACAAGUUUCCUGAAGUUGGAUACUAGUUGGCCUCUUGAUUGUACGUACCUUUGACUGAAACAGACAAAC